AUGGCAUCAACGUUAUCUCCCAAGGUUGGCCAGCUGGAUUUGUCUAAGAAACUCUCAGCCCUACGUUCAAACAACAGACGAUCGCAGGCCCCUUCGUCCCGAGAUGCUGCCCCGAGAACCCCUCCUUUAUCUUCGCCGCCAGACCUCUCCGCCCACAAGUACACUCACCCCAUUCGCCGUAUUCUCUCCCCCAAAGACCAUGAGUUGUUCCUCAAGUCACCCACGUACAAUCAAGUGCUUGGAUUUGUGUUCGGCCUAUCCGACUCUGUGAAAGGUCGUGCCCUCACCGACUUCACUGACAAGCCCCAAAACAAGAGCAUCUCGAAUAUAUCCUUGAUUGUGAGACAGUUGCACUCACUAUUAGAGAAACACCCUGCCAUUGACCAGGGUGGAUCACGAUUCGGAAAUCCUGCAUUUCGCGACCUGUUUGACGAUUUCGUAAAGCAGAGCUCAACAUGGCACUCUGAGAUCCUGGGGUUGACAGACGCCACAGCCAUCGAUGAAGCAUCCACCUACCUGAUCAACUCGCUGGGUUCUCGAGACCGGUUGGAUUAUGGAUCUGGCCAUGAACUAAAUUUUAUAAUGUGGCUGCUAUGCCUCUAUCAACUUGGGCUUCUCCCCGCAUCUGAGUUCCCGGCUGUGGUGUCCAAGGUCUACAUCGACUAUUUACAUCUCAUGCGGGAAAUCCAAUCUACAUAUUAUCUUGAACCAGCCGGAUCUCAUGGUGUGUGGGGUCUGGAUGACUAUCACUUCCUACCAUUUUUGUUCGGCGCUAGUCAGUUGGUAGAUCAUCCAUAUGUGACCCCGCUGGGAAUCCAUAAUACGGCCAUGCUGGACGAGGAAGGUGAUAAGUACGUCUAUCUGGAUCAGGUACGGUGGGUAGACAGUGUGAAGACCGUCAAGGGUCUGCGCUGGCACAGCCCCAUGCUCGAUGAUAUUUCCGGAGCGAAGAACUGGUUCAAAGUGGAGAGUGGCAUGAAGAAGAUGUUCGUUAAGGAAGUCCUGGGGAAGCUGCCCAUUAUGCAGCAUUUCCUAUUUGGAAGUCUUCUCCCUGCAGCGGAGGGCAUGUCGGAACAGUCUGAGGAAGAAGGUGAGGUCUGCCUUGAGCAUAACCAUGAUCACCCGCAUGGACAUUCGACUACCGACUACUUUGGAGAUUGUUGUGGUAUCAAAGUACCCAGUACGAUUGCUGCAGGCGCCGAGUUCCGCAAGCGCAUGGGCGGAACAGGAUUACGCCCGAUUCCUUUCGAUUAG